AGUGCGACUGACAGUGCUACCACUUUCAAUGAUCAUACAGAAGAAAUAACGGAUUCAGAGGAACGCAGUGGGAAACACGAAGCUGCCUUUUCAAAAACCCUUGAUGCCAGAGCAAGUCCAUCGGGAAGCACUGGAAAUGAUGCUGAAGGAAAACUUUUCAUCUGUGCAGUAUGCAGUAGAGGAUUUAAAAGGGAGGCAAGCUUUGGAUAGGCAUAUGAGAAGCCAUUCAGAAGAGAUGCCUCAUGAAUGUACAAUCUGCAAGAAAAGAUUUUGGCAGAGAUCCGAUCUGAGGAAACAUUUCCAACUCCAUCCAGAAGGAAAGCCAUAUUCAUGCUGUCUUUGCGAGAAACGAUAUUUCGACAACGCUGAUCUCAGAGCUCAUAUGUCAGUCCAUAGCAGGAAAAAUCAUCACCCUUGCUCAUUUUGCAAUGAGAUAUACGUUAGCCGGUCUGAACUUGAUGCACAUGUUAAAACCCAUGCUUAUGAGAAACCGUAUCAGUGUACGGAUUGCAAUUUGAGAUUUUGUAGCAAUGCUGCACUCCAGGCUCAUAAGAGAAUCCAUUCAGGUGAAAGGCCUUUUACCUGCUCCUUUUGCAACAAAACAUUCACCGCACCUUCUCUGAUGAGGACACAUUUGAGAGUCCACACAGGUGAGAAGCCCUAUGAGUGCUCUGUGUGUGGCGACAGAUUUUCCUUCAAUACACAACUUGUGGUUCACAAGGCAAAGCACACAGGAGUAAAGCCGCACCUGUGCUCAAUCUGUGGAAAGGGGUUUUGGAGAAAAAACUGUUUAAAUAGACAUGCAAAGACUCAUGCAGGAAAAAUUCAUCACCCUAAAACCCGCAUUGAUGAUAAACCGUACCAGUGUCCAGACUGCAGUUUGAGAUUUAAGCGAUUUUCUUGGUUUCAGACUCACAGAAGCACCCAUAAAGAACAAAAUAUCAAGCCAUUAAAAUGCCCCUAUUGUCCAAGAACAUGUGCUUCAUCUUCUCAGCUCAAAGUACACACCAGAAUCCACACAGGCGAGAAACCCUAUGAAUGCUCUCAGUGUGGUGACAGGUUUUCCUUCAACAACCAACUCAUGGACCACAAGAACAAACACAGAGGGGUCAAGCCAUAUUCCUGCCCCCUUUGUGAGAAAGGAUUUUGGAGAAAAAACUGUUUGAAUAGACACAUUGUGACUCACGAGAGGAAAAAAGAGAGUGGUCUUGUACCGAGAAUGAAAACCCAUGCCAAUUGAUCUUGUUGACCUUUGAAUACUGCAAUCUCUUGGUACUUUAACCUGUUGCCCACUGGAACCGGUGUACAAAGUCCAUUGUAAAAUUACAGAAUCCAGUAUUUAAUGGACUAACAGUAGUCCUGAUUUUUUUUUUUUUUAAUGAAAAUGAAAUCAUGAUGAGCUGGAUUUUGUUUGUGGUCAGGGUUAAGUUCAUGCUAUUUCUAAGCUCAAGUUCCUGGGGCAUGUUGUAAAAAUAGCUGUUUGAACACAAGUAUAGUAUACUUGUACAUGUGUAUAUACAUGUAGUACAAGUAUGGUAUGGUAUUUAUUAAAUCAUGCAUUGCAGUUACAACAAAGACUGAAUUGCACAUUAACCCUUAUUAUACUGGUCUGAAAUAGCCCAGUUAAGAUAGGGUUAAUAUACAAUAAAUUAAAAGGUGUGCAGUUUCGUAAUAGUGGUAUUUUUUACAUACUGUAGUUUAAAUGCAAGAAAUAACUUACAUGUAUUAAACCAUAUUCACGAUAAAAGGGUAAUAUAGAACACACGCAUGAAUAAAACAAACAAGGAGAGAAAGGAGAAUUAGAAGUAGUAGAAGAAGGGUUAGAGGAAAAAGAAGU